CUUGCGUUUGUAGUGUCAACUUGAAGUGAAUUUGGUGCAGUAAUUUUGUGAUGUGUGCAAGUUAUUGAAAUCAUAGUGUUCGUAUCUUUGUAGUGUAAUUGUAUAUCGUAACCUCGAAAUGAGUUAAAACAUAAACUGCAAAAUGUCUGAUGUAAAGCAAGUGAAAGUGGACAAUUGGGGAAUUUACUUCCUCCAGAGACUUAAACAUUUUUUCAAUCGAACAGAUUACUGCGACUUGACACUUCAGUUCCAAGACAAUGCACAACUUAAAGUGCACAGACUUGUUCUUAGUGCCUGCACUGAAUACUUCGAAUUAUUGGAGCGAACAUGUGAAAUGUAUGAAGAUUGUUUGGUUAUGCCGGAUGAUUUGCAAGCGGAUGUCGUAGUUCCGAUAAUAAACUUUAUGUAUACAGGGCAGCUAGAAUUUAAACUUGACUUACUAGAAAAGCUAUAUCAAACAUCACUUGUUAUGAAUAUGCCUGUUCUAACAAAGCUUCUUGCUUCACAUCGCAGCCAACAAUCACAAUCAAAUCAUCAGACAAGACCAGCUCCUAACAAUUACUACGGUAAAAGAUACCUGAAACAUUCUAAAGCUAUACUAUCGCCUAGCAGCAAUAGCAAUACCAGUAAGCGUAAUUUCUCAAAUGCAUUUGAAAAUUCAGACACACCAAAAGCUAAGAAACCCCAUGUUGUGACUCGAACAGAAUCACAAGUUAAAAAUGGCAGUCAAGAAGCUGCAACAACAAGUCCAAAGUUUCCCAUCUUCUCUGAAAAAAAUAAACACUUGACAAAAGAACCUCGUCCAACCCGGUAUGAAUUGCCAGAAGAACUAGAUGAAGAUAACAUUUUUGACAAUUCCUUUAUGAACAUAUCAUAUGCUUCAAAACCUCUAAUGGUGCAUCCAGAAACUACGAAACAAUAUACCUCGAAGAGGAUAAAGUUAUUCGAAGAAGGCACAAGUUCGAGAUUUAUGCAAGGUUCCUCAAAUACUGACAUUGUGGAAUGCAAAAAAAUUUCUGCUAAUGACAGUCUCUUUAUAGAUGACAAUAGUGUUACUGAUGACAAUGACACAUUUCAAUCUCUACAUGUUAAAGAUGAUACCAAAGAUGCGAGUCAACUUUUUGAUCAAAUUAUAGACAACAAUGAUUGUUCGAAUAUAACAAUACAGACAAAAAAUAAUAAACAAUCAGGAAAUUUAGAUCAUGCUAAAAUAAUAAGUGAAGUGCUUAAGAAAUACCCACAUUUGGUCAAAAGUAAUAAGCAAAUUAAAUUGAAAAUUCUUAACACUCCAAAUAAGCCUAAGAAAACCAGGGCAUCUAAUAUAUUAGAUGCGGAGAAAGACAAUAAAGCGAAGAAUGAAACACCUGAUUUUACAUAUGAAACUGAUGUUUUUGAUUCUAAAGAUGCAGCGAGGCUCAUAGCAUUAGGUGCUGAGAAUAUUAGGGGUCCCUGGAUCUGUCUUAUCUGUGGAACACCUGGUAAAGCUUUACAUUUUACUUCCUACUUUAACUUCCGUAAGCAUCUUGUAGAUAUUCACAAUGAAAAACCUGUACCAAAUAUAUGUGAAUAUUGUGGGUUGAAGUCUCAAAAAAGAAAUUACUUAGUUCACCAUCAAUUGACAAAGCAUGGAGUGGAACCACCAUCACAUUACAAUUUCCCAAAAUGUAAUUUUUGUAAGUAUGUAGCUCUUAAUGAAGCAUUAAUGGUAAAACAUAAAUUGACCCAUGCUGAAGUAAGAAGCUUCAGGAAGAAUGUAAGUACAGCAUAUACAACAUCUAAUUCAAUGUUAGAUCAAGUGCAGAAAACUGGUAAUAAAUAUGGCGAAAGAAAGCAUAAUUUGCAAUGCAUUUAUUGCCUUAGAAUUUUCUUACGUGAAAAUAAUUUAUAUGCUCAUUUAAAAACAAAUCACAAAGAAGCUGCUAAAAAUGAUGGUCUUAUAGACGAUUCUGAUGAAGAAAUACAAGAAGAAGAAGACAAACCAAAAUCAAAGCAUAAUUCAAAUGAAUCUGCUAAUUACAUCAAAGUGGAACUACCAGCUAAUUAUGACAACUCAUUUGAUGAUAAUAAUGUGCAGUAUCAAAUUGAAAGAAGAGCCGAUGGUAAUAUACAUGUUGUAUCUAAAAAACCGCGUGUAGUAAUGCCAAUGCCUAAACACAAAAUAUUAAAUCCAGGCUUUGUCAUGCAACAACAAAAUAACUCUUCAUUGUCUAAACAACAAAAACCGAAAUCAACUAUAAACACUACUCUAAAAAGAAAUGAGUUUUUACAAGAACUCAGUGUAUCCCCAACUAGUAAUGUUACUAGUGAAGAAAUUGUAUUAAUUGAUAAUCAUGAAUAUAUUGUUCAAGAUUUCCAGUUAAUUCCUAAAAAAGAAAAAAGUGUUGGAGAGUACAUAAUGACGAACACAGUUAAUACUAACAAAGAUGGAUUGAUACAAUCAAUAAUGCCUACAUCAACAUCUGUGGAAUAUCAUAACAUCCAUAACUCAAGUAAUGAUGCAAAAGUGUUUGUCAAAAAAUCAACAAAUGCCAACCAGCCUAUACAAAUAGUUGUUUCUAAUGAAGAAGAAUAUAAAGCUUUAGUAUCUAACCAAUCUGUUAUAUUUGAAGAUGGAGACUCUAACAAAGCUUUAACUGUGUUAGCUCCUGGAACUUCAUCAUUAGAAACUGCCACAAUUGAUUUGGACAAUGCCCAAUCUAAUGACAUGAUGAUAAUUCAAGAUGAGUUUUCUAUUAAUGUAUCUGAUCCCAAUGCCGCUAAUAAUUCAAAUAUAGUUGUUGUGUAUAGCCAUCCAGUAGAAGACCAAAAUAAACAGUAUCAAAUUAUAACAACACAAGCAGUUGAAGCUCAAUUUGUUCCAUCUUCCGCCAUAAUAACUCAAAAUUAUGAAACUGUUACAACUUGUGCACCAGUUGUGAGUGCACAUACAGCUUUAGAUAAUUCGUGGCAAAACAAUAUUCAAACAAAUAUUAAUAAAUUACCAAUAACUUCCACAGAAACAGAAUUACAUACUAUGACUGUAGCAGAAUCAGUAACGAUUGCACCUGAAUCUGAUUCUACUAGUAAUAUUAAUGAUUUUUCUGAAGUCCCAAUAACGACAUCAGGGUCAGUUCCCAUUAACAUUAAUCAAGUUGUUGAAUCACAAAACCAAACCAUAGAAAACAAUUUUAAUGAAUCAAAUGUUUUACCCAAUAUUACUGAAGAUAUAAAUAAUGUACCCAUCUGUGAGCCAAGUUCUAUUAUUACUCUCGAACAUCCCUCUAUUAUUACUGAUGAUCUACAAAAAACAUUGACUGAAACUAAUAUACAGCAAUUAUCAUCAACUGACCUAAAUAAAUCUACUCCGAUAAAUACCUUUAUUAACACAAUAGAAGAGCCAUUAACAAGUAACACACUGGAACCCAUCACUGAAAAUACUGAUCCAGCAACACAAAGUGAACUGGGUCCAGUUUUUGAUGAACAAAUUUUAGUACAAGAAAAUCAAACUUCCAUUGCUGAUAAUUCAAUUGUUAAUGAAAGUACAGUAGAAACAAAUACAUCUAGUGAACCCUUAAACGAGAAUAUUAUUAGUGAAGUAGAUAAUUGCAUACCACAUGUAUCAGGUGAACAAAUAGGAAUUGAACAAUGUACUGACGAGCCUUUGAUUAAUGAAAAAACGAAUGCUGAAGCUGAAACAUUAGAAGAGCCUGCAAUUGAAAUGGAUGCUGAAGAAACCAUAGAAAAUAUUGCGCGGGAUAUUGGUGUAAAUCCAAACGCAAGUAAUAAACCUGAAUUACCUAAAAUCGCUGAAAGCUUAUUAGAUAAUCCUGUUGCAAAAGUAGCGAUCGCCCAAAUUGAAAAUCUAGCAUCCGAAUGGUCUGAAGAUGAAAGUGAAACAUUGACUGAAGGUGAGAAUAAGACGGACAAGUCUAACUUGGAAGCGAAAAACGAUGAUGCAAGUGAAAUGUCUGAGGUUGAGGAAUCUAUUGAAAACAUUCAACAGGAAAUGGCAAAACAAGUGUCUGUUGAUGUAGUUCCUUACACAGAUGAAGAUAUGAGUUCAUCACAAGAUGAUAACUUAUCUAAACUUGCUGACCGACAAGACAGUAAAGUAAGUGAAGAUAUUCAAGCCACCUCAAAAGAGAAAAUAACUUUACUUCUCAAUGAUUGGGAUGAUAAUGAUUCACAAGAAGAUAAUACACUAGUCACUUGCGAUGCAAAGAUAAAUGAUCAUGAUGAAAAACCUCAAAACACUGGUGACAAUGAUGGAGCUGUAGCAGAGGAAUCAGAAAUAAGUAAAAAUGAUAAUAUUAAGAGUUUAGUAAGUGAUUGGGAUGAAGAUGAUGAAGAGAAUAAGGAGUAAUAAGGACUGAUCUGAGAAAAUUUUAACUUAAUUAUUAUAUACAAAAAUAAAAAUUGUGCAUUGUAACUAUAAUUAAAAUAAUCCUAAUAAUUACUCCUACAGAUAAUAGACAUGAAUAUUAUAUAAUUUAGGAAAUAUAUCCUAUUAUUUCUUGUGUAAAAUUUAAUACGCAAUUAGAUAUAUCGUUUUUUUUUUAUACUUUAUUGUAAAUUAUGAGAUUUAUUUAUGUAAAUUUUAUAUAUAAAUAUAUACAUUGUGUAGUGUAAAAUUAUUAUGUUUCCUUUGUACUUUCAACAGUGUGUAAAACUAUGUAUUUGUACUCUAAUAGUAUAUUAUUGAGUUUUUUAAGUAAACAAUCAAAAAUUAACUUA